AUGGUCAAGGCUGCAGCAAAAAAUCAGAGCAGUGGAAAAGAUAUUUUGGCAUUCAUCCUGGAUCAACAAGGCAAACAGAUCUGGAUCACUGAAAAUGCAGUAUCCACUAUGAUCAGGGUCUUCGACGAAACCAUGAUUACAGUUCUGCUAGCUCGGCGAGGAAACCAGACCCAGGUUUUCCAAGAGGCGAUCAAGGCUGUAGCAAAGGAUUAUAAGAAGCAAAGAGUAUUUAUCAUUGAUAUCCUUAACCGACUUGAACACCAAACACACACUCUCACCAGGCAAAUCCUAUCAGUGAUCAGAACGUUUCACCUCGCAUUAGUGACAAAACUGCUACGGGAAAAAGGUGACAAAUUUCAAAUUACUGAGGCGUUUCUAAAAGCUGCAAUAGAAAACCGGAAUAGUGGGAAAGGAAUUACAAAAUUCCUCCUUAGUCAACAGAGGAACCAAUUUCAGAUCACGGAAGAGUUACUCAGCACUGCAGCACAAAACGAAAGAGAUGGAAACGAUAUUAUUGCACUCCUACUACAUUAUCAGGGAGAUACUAUCCAUGUCACAGAAGGAGUGCUCAAGGCUGCCUCAGAGAAUACUGGAAACGGACUCGAAAUUAUAAAACUUCUGCUAGGCCAUCAGGGAGACCAUGCCCAGAUUACAAAGGACGUACUCAAAGCUGCAGCAGGGAACACAAGAAAUGGGAUGGAGAUCAUCAAAUUUCUGCUCGACCAACAGGGGGAUGCCGCUCAGGUUACAGAGGACGUACUCGAGGCUGCAGCAGGAAACACUGGAAAUGGAACAGAAAUUAUUACAUUUCUGCUUGACCGACAGCGACAGACCAAGAUUCCAGAAGAUGUGCUCAAGGCUGCAGCAGAAAACGAGUUAAGCGGAAAACCCAUCAUAGAGUUAUUCCUCAGAGGACAAGGAGAUGUGAUGAUAACAGAGAGGAUCAUUACAGCUGCCGCAGGAAAUAGACGGAACGGAAAGGAGGUACUGGAAUUACUAUUUGAGAAGCAAGGAGAGCAGAUAAAGGUCACUGAGGCGGUGAUCAAAGCCGCAGCAGGAAAUGAGGAUAGUGGAGUUGACAUUCUUGCUUUUUUGUUCGACCACUGUGAAGAUGACAUUAAGAUCGCGGAUGGUGUUGUGCUCUCGGCUGCUGGUUCUGGGAACGAAAAUGUCCUUGCUCUUCUAUCCAGCAAGAUAGGGCACGCGAUUGAUCCUGAAAUGCUAUCCAUCGCUCGACUCUAUAAUGCUGCAAAAUCAGGCGAGGCGGUCAUUGUGGAGCAGCUACUCAUUCAAGGAACGCCACCAGAUACGCGAAACAUGCGAGGUGUUACACCUCUCGGGAUUGCUGCUUCAAAUGGACACCAGGAAGUUGUCAGAGUCCUUCUUCAGACACAUCAAGUUGAUGUCAAUAUUCCAAGCAUAGCUGGGAGACCACCAAUAUUCUGCGCAGCAGCUAAUGGUCAUACUGGGGUAGUUCGCCUGCUAUUACAGGCGGACGCCAACCCUAGAGUGACUGAUACUAAGGGGGACUCCCCUUAUAAUAUGGCUCGGAAGCGUGGCCACUGGGACACCGCAGAGCUUCUGGAAGAGCAUUUAGAUACUGAUGUUCCUCAGGGCUAA